UGCUGAAAUAAAGAUUUCGUUUGGUCAUAAUUGUUCUAAAAAAAUAUAUAAUUUCAAAUAUGUUCGUUCAUAUAAAAUCAACCCAAAUAUGGCGGCGCCCAUGACCACAUGUUAACAAAACAAAACAUAUUAGGCUGGACAAGACGCUCAAGCAUGUCAGCUAGGGGAGAAGUGUUUGUGACAGAUCUGGAUUUCUGUCCCCGCUGUGGCACUGUGCUUCCACUGCCUGGAACUGAGGACGUGGUUCUGUGCUGCAAGUGCAGCUUUAAAAUAGAUGUCAGAGAUUUCCAUGGCAUUGAGAUUGUCUCAAGGAAGGAGUUCAACCGACCAGAGAUGAAGAAGGGGGAAGAGGAUUCUGACAGGCAACUCAAGGGUCCUAUGGCUGACAGGAAGUGCAGUAAGUGUGACCAUGACGGGAUGAUCUACACCACACGGCAGACAAGGUCCGCAGAUGAAGGCCAGACUGUGUUCUUCACGUGUCCUGAAUGCAGGUUUCAAGAAAUCGAGUAUUCCUGAUGUGACCAAUUCAUUUUUCUCUGUGGGAAAGGAAAUGAAAUUGUUAUUGCUUUUGUAUGAUGUUGUUAGAAACUACAUGUAAAGUGUAUGUGACAAAUAUCAGCAGUAGCAUGUUUUAGGCAUCUACAUGUAAAGUGAAACACCCGUGACGUAAAUCAUGUUUUACUGGCACCUAUAAACACAACUUAUAACAUUCAACAUUUAACAUUGUCACUGAAUCAUGUUAUCUUUGCUAGGUCACUGAAUCAUUUUAUCUUUGCUAGAGACAUGUUCUGUGAGAUUUCACCAAUAAAAACAGGCGAAAUGAAUCAAUAAUUUUUACUGCUUGCCUAAAGCAAAGAACAAAAUUCAUUCUGGUUGUCAAUAUUUGCCUAAAUUUAGUGAGUUACAAUUGAAUGAUCUCUGUUAAAGUUUAUUAUGUUUAUAUUAUUGCAAUCAAUUCAUAAAAAAAAAUCAGAAAAAUGUGUAUUUCGCUUGCUAUAGUUUUGUUUAAAACCCAAAUUAAUAAAACAUAUGUAGUAGAGAUACAUCUCAAAUUAGCAUAAUUUGUUAUUAAAAUGUAUGACAUUCUUCUACCAUAACUUGUUUGUCAGUAAUGAACGACAUUGUAGUAAAUGAAUAAAUGGAUAACUAUGGUCUGUGCACAUGUAAGGCAUUACUUGUAUGUCAUUCACCAGCGAUUACAUACCGAGUAAAUGCGAUAAAAACAUUACUUAAUGCUGAUUUAACUGAUUGCAGUACUCUCCCAGAUUUCACAACAUGAUUUAAAAAGACAUGUUUACAGAUAUUCAUAUUUUUGACCAAUGUAAUUAAAUUACUUUGAUAACAACACUGUAAUUUUUGGAAUAGUUUUAUAUUUGGAAAAUCAUUAAUAAAGUUCCUUCCACUGA